AUGUCUGCCGAAACAAUUUGCGAAGCCAAACUUCAGGUUGAAAUUCUGGAUUUGCAAGAUGAGAUAACUUAUUUGAAGAGUCAUAAUGUGAUUUCGGUUGAUGAGAAUCAAGAGAUCACUUCGGAGUUAGCCAAUGUUAAGAAGCAAAUGGAAGAAUCCAAGGUUAGUCUAAUUUGCUGGGGAAUUUCAGAAGUUACGAUAACUUAGGACAAAAUGGGGAUUUUGUUGAAAAUAUUUGAAUUUCUAAGCUUCACAACUAGAUUCUCUUGAAGCGAAAAAAAAUGUCCUGUACCAAAGUUACUCUAACUCCAAUUUUUCACAGAAACACGCUCUCGAAGAUCAAAAAGACGCGCACAUCGAAGAAAUGCAAAAUCUCCGCAACAAUCUCUAUCGCGAUACAAUGGAAUUCAUUGUGUCCGAAUUGACCGCAGCCGGUGUUCCGCCAGCACAAUUCAUUGGAAAACUCGAAAAAAUGGAGAACGAUUUGGGCGGCAUUUUGAAGGUGAACUUGAAUCUGAAUCCGAAUCAAGAUGUGCCAAUUCGAACAUUGAGAAGGCGAUUUAGCCAGGAUAUUGCGGCGAAGAAUCAAAUAUUGUAUGAGGAACGGAAAACUGAGAGACAACAUGAGAGAAAAAAGAGGCAUGGUGAUAUGCUGUGCGCUGAUCAAUGUUUUAGGGAUGAAAAUCGGGUAAGCAUUUGGGAGGAGGAGAAGAUUUCGAGGGCCUAAAUUUGAGAGGGCCGAUUUAGGCUUCAGAGGCCGGUUUAGGCUCUCGGAAUUUUAAAAAACAAGGCCUAAGUGUAUUACUGUACGAAAGUGUACCACUUUUAUGACUUCGGACCAUUUUCAAGCUUCUAUGGGUCAAAUUCACCUAAAAUGGUCCAUUCUAGUCUCAAAAACCUCAGAAAUUUCUCCUAAACCUAAUUUUUUCUAGGAAAAACGUCUCAAGCUCGAAAAAUUGAUCGAAGACAUGGAAGAAGCGGAGCGCAACAAGGAAUAUUAUUUCGAAAAUGAAUCUCCAGAUUCGCCAAAUUGUAUUGAAGUCGAAACUUCGGAAUAG